AUGGCCCAUCCGGGCGCACCCGACACGACGACGACGACGACCAACAAGGCGGGCGCCGGCACCAGCACCGCCUUCGAGCCCGUGACGCCCCCGCCCGGCGGCCCCGACGCCCACGACCCCAUUGCCCGCCACGCCGCGGGGCGGUACAGCAGCGCCUCGGCCAACGCCAGCGACGUCGAGCGCCAGACGCCGCCCGCCUACACCUGUGAAACGGACCCGUACAACCUGCGCGGCUGCCUCAAGACGCCCGGCGACAUGCAGCGGAUGCGCGCGAACGUGGGGCGCAAGCGGGCGGGGGGUGCCGACGCGCUCUGCGGAGGCAGCGCGGCGCAGCUGGUGACGCGCGAGGGGCGGCGCGCCCGCAAGCUCGAGGCGUUUUACGAGCGCCAGAACGAGAACAUCGAGCGCCUGCUCAAGCCGGUGGAUGAGCAUGUGCGCGAGGCCAAGCACGAGGAGGGCGAGGACAACCUACGCGUCAAGAUUGCCGUGCGCGGCUCGUUUGCGGCCAACGUCGCGCUCGCCAUCCUCCAGCUCUACGGCGCCGCGUCCUCGGGCUCGCUGUCCCUGUUCACGACCAUGGCCGACGCCGUCUUCGACCCCCUUAGCAACCUCACCCUGCUGCUGUGCAAUCGCGCCGUCAACCGCGUCGAUCCCCGCAAGUUCCCCUCAGGCAAAGCCCGCAUCGAAACAGCCGGCAAUAUCGUCUUCUGCUUCCUCAUGACGGCCGUCUCGCUCAUCAUCAUCGUCAUGGCCUGCCGCGAACUCGCAGCCGGCACGCCCGACGACCCCCGCGGUCUACACAUCCCGUCGGUGGUGGCCGUGUGCGCGGCCUUCGCGACCAAAGCCGUCCUCUUCCUGUACUGCUGGGCGCUGCGCAACAAAUACAGCCAAGUCCGCAUCCUAUGGGAAGACCACCGCAACGACCUGCUCAUCAACGGCUUCGGCAUCCUGACCUCGGUGGGCGGCGCCAAGCUGAAAUGGUGGAUCGACCCCGCGGGCGCCAUCGUCAUCUCCACCCUCGUGGCCACCCUCUGGCUCUCGACCGCGUACCGCGAGUUCCAGCUUCUGAUCGGCGUCGCCGCCGACACGGACAUGCUGCAGCUGAUCACGUACAUCAGCAUGACGCACGACGCGGGGGCGGUGCGCGCCAUCGACACGGUGCGCGCCUGGCAUAGCGGCCCCAGACUCAUUGUCGAGGUCGAUAUCGUCAUGGAUCCCGAGGCCUCGUUGCGCGCGACGCAUGAUGUGGCGGAGGCGCUGCAGACGAAGCUCGAGAGUCUGCCUGAUGUCGAGCGCUGCUAUGUUCAUGUCGAUUAUGAGACGAGUCAUGCGCCGGAGCACUUUUGGAAGAAGGAACUCUAG